AUGGAUCGCGCCCAAAUUUCUAAACGGGAAACUGUAAGUCUACCAUAUAAGAAUAUGAGCUUUUGUGGCCGCGAGGUGUUUGUCCUCCCAGGUGAGUCAACACCUGACGAUUUAGCUCGAGAAAUAACAAGAAAUCUUGGAAAAUACGACGCCAACGGGGCAGUCUACAUAAGUCAUCUUGACCGACUUAUUGAAAAUUACCAACGCUGGAAGGAAUAUCUACCUCGCGUUGACAUGUUCUAUGCUAUGAAAUGCAACGAUGACGAGAUGGUCCUGUUGUUGCUGCAUCAACUUGGCGUGCGGUUCGAGUGUGCAAGUCAGCGAGAAGUGGAGACAGUCAUCAAUCUCGGUGUGAGACCGGAGGAUGUCGUGAUAGGGAAUCCCACUAGGACAGGGCCGUGUCUGAGGUACUUCGCCAGCCAUGGCAUAGAUCUGCUAGCAGUCGACAGUGAGAAGGAGAUGGCCAAGAUAAAGAAAUUACAUCCCAAAGCCAGGUUGCUGCUCCGUGUUCGAAUAGUCCCUGAUAGUGAAAAUGACGUGGAAAUUUCCCUUGGUCUGAAGUUUGGCUGCCAUCCGAAUGAUAGUCGACAACUACUUGAAAAAGCCAUUCAACUUGAGUUGGAUGUGGUUGGAAUAACGUUUCACAUCGGUUCCGGAAUUUUAAACACAAGGGCUUACGCCUCCGCCAUAGAGCAAGUGGCGCCUUUGUAUGACAUUGCUCGAGAGAUCGGCUUUGAUAUGACCAUCUUGAACAUCGGCGGAGGAAUACACGGAGGAGACAUGGCAAUAGAAAAGACCUGCGAAGAAUUAAACAGGGCCCUAAACAUUCAUUUCCCGGCUAGUUCAGGCGUUCGUGUGAUCGCUGAGCCAGGGAGAUUCCUAGUCACAUCCCUUGGUAAUCUAUACAUCAACAUACUCAACAAACGUGAAAAGAAGGCACUUGUUCGUGGAUACAACGCUUUGAAGAGUGAUGGCCGACGUCCUGAUUCAGACCGAGGUAUUGAGUGA